AGCAGGAACCGGCAGCAGCUGAGGCCCAGUGGGGGCCGAGGCCCGGGCCCUUGCCAUGGAGUCCAUGUUUGAAGAUGACAUCAGCAUCCUGACCCAGGAGGCACUGGGGCCCAGUGAGGUGUGGCUGGAUGCCCCAGGAGACCCCUUGCUGGGGGGGGACAUGUGCUCCGCCUCCCACUUUGCCCUCAUCACAGCCUAUGGGGACAUCAAAGAGCGCCUGGGAGGUCUGGAGAGGGAGAAUGCCACCCUCCGCCGCCGUCUCAAAGUCUAUGAGAUCAAGUACCCACUGAUCAAUGACUUUGGAGAGGAGCACGGCUUCUCUCUGUAUGAAAUCAAGGAUGGCUCCCUGCUGGAGAUGGAGAAGGUCAGCCUACAGCAACAGCUUAACCAGUUCCAGCAUGAGUUGCAGAAGAAUAAGGAGCAGGAAGAACAGCUUGGGGAGAUGAUCCAGGCUUAUGAGAAACUUUGCGUGGAGAAGAGCGACCUGGAGACAGAGCUGGGGGAGAUGCGGGCCCUGGUGGAGACCCACCUGCGGCAGAUCUGUGGCCUGGAACAGCAACUGCAGCAGCAGCAAGGCCUCCAGGACGCCGCCUUCUCCAGCCCCAGCCCCCCGCCCACUCCUGCCCCACCGUGUGCUGAUCUGGACCUGCACUACUUGGCACUGAGAGGGGGAUCUGGCCUGAGUCACGCAGGCUGGCCGGGCCCCACAGCCAGUGUGAGUGAGCUGGAGCGGCGGCGGUUGGAAGAGGCUCUGGAGGCUGCCCAGGGCGAGGCUCGGGGGGCUCAGCUUCGGGAGGAGCAGCUCCAGGCUGAGUGUGAGCGGCUACAGGGGGAGCUGAAGCAGCUGCAGGAGAGCCGGGCCCAGGAUCUUGCCUCCAACCAAUCAGAGCGGGACAUGGCAUGGGUGAAAAGAGUCGGGGAUGAUCAGGUGAACUUGGCGCUGGCUUACACGGAGCUGACAGAGGAGCUGGGCCGGCUGCGGGAGUUGAGUUCCCUGCAGGGGAGGAUCCUGAGGACUCUGCUGCAGGAGCAGGCCCGGAGUGGCGGCCAGAGGCACUCCCCGCUGUCGCAGCGCCACUCCCCGGCCCCCCAGUGCCCCUCACCAUCCCCGCCUACCCGAGCGGCGCCCCCGUGCCCCCCGUGCCAGUCCCCCGCCCCCCAGCGCCGCUCUCCCGGGCCCCCGUGCCCCUCGCCCCAGCAGCGCCGCUCGCCGGCCUCGCCCUCCUGCCCGUCGCGCCGCUCCCCGGGGCCCCCCGCCUGCCCGGCCCCGCAGCCCCGGCCCCCGCCGCCCCCGCCCCCGGGCGAGAGGACGCCGGCCGAGCGCGCCUACGCCAAGCCGCCCAGCCACCACGUGAAGGCCGGCUUUCAGGGCCGCCGCAGCUACUCGGAGAUGGCGGAGGGCGCGGGCUACGCGGGCGCCUCCCCGGCCUGGCUGCAGGCCGAGGCGGCUACGCUGCCGAAGCCUCGGGCCUACGGGGCGAGCGACCUCUACGGGCCCGGCCGGCCGCUCAGCCCGCGGCGCGCCUUCGAGGGCAUCCGGCUGCGCUUCGAGAAGCAGCCGUCGGAGGAGGAGGAGUGGGCCCUGCCCACCAGCCCGCCCAGCCCCGAGGCGGGCACCAUCCGCUGCGCCUCGUUCUGCGCGGGCUUCCCCAUCCCCGAGUCGCCCGCCGCCGCCGCCUAUGCCCACGCCGAGCACGCGCAGUCCUGGCCGUCUAUCAACCUGCUGAUGGAGACAGUGGGCUCAGAUAUCCGCAGCUGCCCCCUCUGCCAGCUCGGUUUCCCUGUUGGGUACCCAGAUGAUGCCCUCAUCAAACACAUUGACUCCCACCUGGAGAACAGCAAGAUCUAGGGUGCCUCCCCCACCCACUGGCUGUUUGUCCAUCUUCUCUCAUCACCCCCAAACACUCACUCACUUUGAAUGCUGCAUGAAUCUCGUGGGGGGCCGUGCCCCUUGCGACCCCCAGAUACCUCCACUAGCUACCGAGUCAACGCGUGUGCCGUCUUCCCUGGUCUAGGCACCACUCAGCC